CGGCCUCAUCUGACUGCGCAUCUGAACCGGGACAUCCUCCUCUGCCAGAGACACAAAGCUGAGACACACUGAGACAGGCGGAGACAGAGACAGAAAGAGAGAGUUCAAGCAGGAAGUGGGUGAAACUGUUCCGGGGGAGGCUCGCGGAGGGCAAGAAGACUGAUCUGAAGCUCUCAGCAGCCAUGUCCAACGAACGCACCCCUCUGAUCACCUCAGGGGUGUGCGGUCUGUCCGUAACUGCAGCAGCAUGCGGCAUGGCGCCGGACACCGCCCCCGAUCCUGGCCCUGGGACCCCGAGUAAAGACCCCCGUAAACUGAACACCUUCUUCGGGGUGAUGGUGCCAACCAUCCUCUCCAUGUUCAGCAUUGUGCUGUUUCUGAGAACAGGGUUUGUGGUUGGUCAUGCGGGGCUGUUACAAGGUCUUUUAAUGGUGGUUGUGGCCUAUACUAUUAUAUCUCUUACAAUACUGUCGAUCUGUGCCAUUUCCACCAAUGGUGCUAUCCAAGGAGGUGGAGCCUACUACAUGAUCAGUCGGUCUCUGGGCCCAGAGUUUGGAGGAAGCAUUGGUUUGAUGUUCUUCCUGGCCAAAGUGUUUGCAUGUGGCGAGUAUGUUCUUGGUCUUGUGGAGGCCAUACUUGACGUAUUUGGUUCAGAUCCUGAGUCACCAGUGUCCGAGGCAAUACGAGUGCUUCCUCAGGGUUACUGGUACACAGUACUGUACUCCUCUGUAGUCCUUCUGCUGUGCUUGCUUGUGUGUCUGGUGGGGGCCCACAUCUACUCCCGCACUGCCUUCGUCAUCCUGCUGGUAGUCACCAUAUCCUUGCUGUCCAUCUUCAUCAGCUCUGUGGCGGUCAAACCUCGUGACUUCAUCAUCACCCACCAGGGUUCUGGCAACCAGACCCUCCGCUACAACGCCAGCUACACGGGCUUCAGUGCUACCACGCUGAGGAACAACCUGGGCUCUGGUUACUCUUUGGACUACAGCACCAACUCUGUCAUGUCUUUUGCCACCGUGUUUGCUGUCAUGUUCACCAGCUGCACAGGGAUCAUGGCUGGAGCCAAUAUGUCAGGGGAACUGAAGACUCCAAGCGUUUCCAUCCCUAAAGGCACCAUCGUAGCUGUGUUGUACACAUUCACAGUCUACGUCCUCCUCUUCAUCUUGGUCAGCGCCACCUGUGACAGGACCCUGUUGAUUCAGGAUUAUGGGUUCUUGCAGCGAAUUAACAUCUGGCCUCCGUUCGUUACUAUCGGGAUAUACUGCGCCUCUCUCUCUGCUGCAAUGUGCGCUAUGAUUGGGGCGUCCCGUAUCCUCCAUGCUCUCGCUCUGGAUCACCUCUUUGGUCUGCCACUAGCCCCUGCUGCCAUCACAUCAAGCUCGGGGAAUCCAUGGGUGGCAGUGCUGUAUACCUGGGGCCUGGCGCAGUGUGUAGUGUUUGCAGGUCAACUCAAUGCUGUAGCAGGUUUGGUGACUGUUUUCUACUUGCUUGCCUAUGCUGCAGUUGACCUGGCCUGUUUGGCUCUCGAGUGGGCAUCGGCACCAAACUUCAGACCGACCUUCCAGCUCUUUUCCUGGCACACCUGCCUGCUGGGGAUUCUCAGCUGUUUAGUCAUGAUGUUCGUCAUUAACCCUGUGUACUCCUCGGGCAGCAUCGUCCUCCUGCUGCUGCUGCUCCUCUUCCUCCACUACAGAUCACCCACCAGCAGCUGGGGCUACAUCAGCCAGGCUCUCAUUUUCCAUCAGGUGCGUAAGUACCUGCUGAUGCUGGAUGUGAGGAAGGAACAUGUGAAGUUCUGGAGGCCACAGGUGCUGUUAAUGGUGGCCAACCCUCGCUCUUCCUGUCAGCUCAUCCUGUUUGUGAACCAGCUGAAGAAGGGAGGACUGUAUGUGUUGGGCCACGUGCAGCUGGGAGAUCUGGACACCCUGCCGUCAGACCCAGUCCAGCAGCAGUAUAACUUCUGGUUGAGCCUGGUUGAUAAACUUGGGGUAAAGGCCUUUGUGGAUCUGACGCUGUCUCCCUCUGUCAGACAGGGAACACAGCACCUACUACGCAUCACAGGUUUAGGUGGCAUGAAGCCCAACAUGCUGAUUUUGGGUUUCUACGACAGCUGCACUCCUGAAGACUACUUUCUACAAGAUGCUGCAUUCUGUGACUCAUCAAUAGGACGAAGUAGCGAGGGAGAAUAUAACUUUGGGGUUGACUUGCCUUCAUUGCAGGCCCAUUUCCCCCCCGUCCGACACAUUGAGAGCCCACGCUGGCUAUCACCGGAGGAGUAUGUUGGGAUAAUUUCUGAUGCCAUUAAAAUGAACAAGAAUGUGUGCCUUGGCCGCUAUUUCUUCCAGUUAGAGGGAGAGGGUAAAGAUAGUAAGGUGGACGGAUCAGAGCGGACUAUAGAUGUGUGGCCUCUCAACCUGCUCCAGCCAGGAAGCCGUGAUUAUCAGGACGUGUGCAGCCUGUUUCUGCUGCAGAUGGCCUGCGUGCUCAACAUGUCCAACAAAUGGCGCCACGCAAGAAUGAGAAUCUUCCUGAACGUGGAGACUGAGUCCAGCGACCAGGGCUGGGUGGUAAAUGAAGAGACAUUUCGAGAGUUGCUGAGGAAGCUGCGGAUCAGGGCGUCGAUAAGGAUCGUGCCGUGGGACUCCGUGGUGCAGCACCACGCUCAGCCAGACAGGGAGCACUCCGCGGAGCAGAUGCAAACUCUGUCCGAGGGCUUCCUGUCAGCAGUGAACUGUAUGUUGAUGGAGCACAGCUCGCAAGCUGCUGUUCGCUUCCUGUAUUUACCUCGACCUCCUGCUCAACGCAGCCAGGCACAGCAGUACGUAGGUCAGCUAGAAGCAGUGACCAACGGUUUAGGGCCAACGCUCCUGAUUCACGGUGUCACCCCGGUCACGUACACUGAUCUCUGAGCAUGUGCAGUCAGGAGUUUUGUUCAUGUUGUAUCAUUUGAUAUUAUACACACAGCUAAGUUUUCUCUUACUGCUUAUUUAGGUUAAAGUAUAAACUCUAGGAUUACUUCCUAUUUUCAUAUACUUGAACUGGGUUGGUGAUUGAAGAAGGAAGAAUACCAUCCUUCGUGGUCAUGUUAUACUUAUAUAAUCUCCUGUUUGCAUUAGCUUUAGGUCUGUCUUCGCAUAAGACAGAGAUAAAAAUGUGUCAGAGACUCUUCAGAACAAAAACAGUUUGUUUUGAGAAUUACGGGUUGUCUAGGACACUCAUUAUAGAAAUGUCUAUAUGUAAUUUCAGGGAUGAAAUUAUGAAUUUGUGGUGUUUAGUGAUACCGAUUGACCACGGUAAAAAUGUUUCUGGUUCAGUUUCAAAAUGGUUUUGUAUUAAUUCAUAAAUUGUAAUUCCUUUGUAUUUUUGCUGCUGACUUUUUCGUUCAUUCUAAUGUUUCUGCUGGUUGUCGGACCAAGUGAUCAAAAGGCUUUUUGUUACUACGUUGAAUUGAGUUCUGAUUAGUUAGUUCUCCUUGCACUUACGCAAACAUGUUUGCUUUUGCUGUUGAAAAUGUAUCUCCAGUCUUCACAAUGGGAACCAUCGCGCACAUUUGACCUCAGAAUGAUGAAUGCCAUUUGUUGCUGUUGUGUGUGCUAACAGAAUGUUUUUUGUGCUUCAUGAUGCAGACUGUCAAAAAUAUACCAAAAAGGGUUACGCUGAUACUUAUUAUAUAGUAUCUGAAUCCAGUCUCAGUCAGGACCAAGGAUGAUUCAGACCAAGUCACAAUUGAAACCAGAGCAAGUUCUCACAUUUUUACUCAGCAAUUAAUCAAUCAUAUUGACAAAAUACAGAAUGAAAUGUUACUACAGUCUUGUUUUAUAGCAUUCAACACUUCAUGGACCAUAAAGAGGAUGUUGCUGAAAAAGCGUCUUGCAUGACUUCACUUUGCCCUUUUGGAAUAUUCCAUCCUGAGUUGUUACUAAUGGUCAAUGAGAAUGCCUUAAAUGAUUGACUUGUUUACUAAUGGUCAAUUCUGUAGAUAUACAUAGGAGUAAAUGUAUGCCAAAUGUACUGUGUACUGUUAAUUUAACUAACUGUAACAAUUGAAAACUGUAACAGACAAUACAUAUGUAUUUAAAAAUUGCUUAACUGCAAUACAAAUUGUGUCUGUA